CAACCAUCACUGUUGUGGAUGCAAACAUCCAUAGAGAUAUUACGCCAACAUCACAUGUUGUUGACAUUUGGCAUUAAAAUAUGGUAUUUAAUAUUUAUUUAUUGUUUUGAUAAUUUUUUUAAGUGAUUAUUAAAAUGUCUAAUUCACUUGUUCGAGCAAGCCUUGAUUUAAUAAGCCUCGAAAAUGAUGUAAAGGAAGAGAAGAAAAAAAAGAAGAAUCGAUCCAAAGAUAUUUUACAUUUAAUUCCUUCUAAUCACAGAAAUAUAAAAAAAAAUAAAAAAGCAGAUUCAUCUAUCGGUUUUCAACAUUCACGUAAAAUUACUGUUUAUGAAGCUAAAAAACAACUAGCGAAAAAAACAGAUCCUACGAAUGAUAAUGUGCAUAAACUACUUCUUCUUGGUGGCAAUAAAAUUGAUUCAAACGCAGCAAAAAAGUUUUUUGAACGUGGAAUAAAAAAGAGAGCAGUUAUUGAAGAGGAUAAAUUAGAAGAGGAAGAAAAGACAGUAUUUACUGAAGAAGAUUUCCAGAACUUUGAAAAAGAAUAUUUUGGAGCCUCCAAAUAAUGUUAGAUAGUGAUAGAGAAAAGGGUAAAGUC